AUGGGAUUUCCAUCGCUAGAAAAGCAAACCCUUUUGUCAAAGAUUGCAACAAGUGAUCAACAUGGAGAGAAUUCACCUUACUUUGAUGGAUGGAAAGCUUAUGAUCAAGAUCCAUUUCAUCCUACUCAAAACCCUAAUGGUGUUAUCCAAAUGGGAUUGGCAGAGAACCAGCUUUCGCUCGAUUUAAUCGAGAAAUGGAUCGCAAAGAACCCUAAAUCAUCAAUCUGUACCAUUGACGGCGUCGACCGCUUUAAAGAUAUUGCAAAUUUUCAAGACUAUCAUGGCUUAUACAAGUUCCGAGAGGCAAUAGCAAAUUUUAUGGGUAAAGCAAGAGGAAAUAGGGUUACAUUCGAUCCCGAACGCAUAGUGAUGGGUGGCGGAGCAACCGGAGCCAGUGAAUCGUUAAUCUUUUGCUUGGCAGAUCCUGGUGAUGGUUUUCUUGUUCCCACUCCAUAUUAUCCUGCAUUUGACAGAGAUCUAAGGUGGAGAACUGGGGUGCAACUAGUUCCAAUAACAUGCAAGAGUUCAAAUGGUUUCAAGAUCACUCAAGAAGCACUUGAGUCUGCUUACGAAGAUGCAAUUGCGUCCAACAUAAAAGUCAAAGGGUUGAUCGUUGCAAAUCCUUCAAAUCCUCUUGGCACAACCAUGGAUAGAGAAACUCUCAAAACCCUCAUGAGCUUCAUCAAUGACAAGAAUAUUCAUCUUGUAUGUGAUGAGAUUUAUGCAGCGACUAUCUUUAACACACCCGAUUUCGUCUCUAUCUCUGAAGUCUUGCAAGAGAUGGAGCAUGACCCGAUGAACCCGGUAAACCCUGAGCUAGUUCACAUUAUUUAUAGUUUGUCAAAGGACAUGGGGCUCCCUGGGUUUCGUGUUGGCAUCCUGUAUUCGUACAACGAUGCUGUUGUGAGUUCAGCAAGAAAAAUGUCGAGUUUUGGGUUGAUCUCCUCACAAACUCAAUACUUUCUAGCUUCAAUCCUUUCUGAUGAAGAGUUUGUUAUGAAUUUUCUAAGUGAAAAUUCAAGGAGAUUAGCUAAGAGACACAAGGUUUUCACUCAAGGGCUUGAAGAAGAAAAUAUUACUUGCUUACCAAGUAACGCAGGUCUCUUUGUCUGGAUGGAUUUACGUAGGCUUCUAAAGGAGCCUACUUUUGAUGAAGAAAUGGUGCUAUGGAGAUUAAUUAUCAAAGAUGUUAAACUCAAUGUUUCCCCUGGUUCUUCAUUCCACUGCGUGGAACCAGGGUGGUUUAGGGUUUGCUUUGCCAACAUGGAUGAUCAAACGGUUGAGAUUGCACUUGAUCGAAUUCAUGCAUUUGUCGGGAAGGAGAAAGGGAAUGAGGUGGUGACAAGGAACAAUAAGAGACACAAACCAUUUGAAAAGAAUCUUCGACUUAGUUUUUCAUCACGAUUAUACGAUGAAAACACAUUGAUGUCACCUCGUAUUAUGUCUCCUCAUUCGCCAUUUGCUCAAUCGCCUCUGGUUCAAGCAAGGACUUAAUUUAGAUAUUU